AUGCAGCUGCUUGCCACUAAGUCCAGUGUGAUCUCACAGACCUAUUGUUGCCCAAUCAACAUCAGGAAAAAUUGGGGUGGAAAAACCUGCAAUGCAGAAGCUGCAGAGAGAUACACAGAAGUGACUGAGCCAUCCAUUCUGGUGAUCAACUCAAACACCAUCUGCAUAUGGUAUUUGCUGGAUGCUCUCAGCCCAAAAAGAAGGGUAUGGCAGACUGACAAGUCAUAUUUCCACAAUACUGCUCAGUUGAAGGGUGCCAUCAACCUGUCACCCACAUGGUUUCAACAGGGUCAUGGGCUCCAAAAUGGCUUCCUGGAGGUCUCAUGGCUGCUCAAAUCCAGGAUGGAAAACACUUCUGCAAGGGAAUGGGUCAACCAAAUCUCUGACACCAAUGCCCUGUUAUCUGUGAUCCUGCAUGUCAUCCAUCCACAAAUGUAUGCAGGUGGCAGGGAAGCAUUGAUCUGCCUUGGCAAACAGGUGGAACAGCAGGCAGAUUCAGAUAUGAGCUCCAUGUAUAGCAGCAUGUCCAUGAUGGUGAAUCAGGCAACUUGUUAUCACAGGGAUAUCAAUGGACAGGAUCCAUGGUAUGACAUGCUGGUAACUGUGGGCAACUACAUGCCCUUGGACUUUGUCAUUCCAACAUUGAAUCUGCAGCUGCACUACAACCCUGGUUCAGCAUUGGAGCAUGGGGUGGGUGCUGUAGACAGUGACAGAGCAUGCCUGGUGUACUACAUGCAUGCCAAUGUACAUCAGUCAGUGCAUGUUCCUAUGUGUCAAUCACUGUGGAUGGAUGACCUACUACCUACACCAGUUCCAACUGGAGAGCUGUUAAUUUGA